AUGGGCUCCAUAUUCCAGCUCCCUGACGAGCUCCUCGCAACAUUGUUCACGACUUUCCCGAGCCGCGAGCCCCAAAUCCGGUCUCUUGCGACCCUCGUCUACCCCAAUGCAGCGCCCUGUCGCAACCUCAUCGUCCAUGGCACCGAGGCGACAGGGAAGAGUGCCAUCACAGCCGCCCUUCUCGAUCAGCUCCAAGGUGACCCAGACACAAACCUCAGCUACUCCAUCGUAAGGUCGCCAGAAUGUGUGACGGCCCGGCACCUCUUCGAGCGUACCACGGGGUCUGUCGCAAAUGCCCUCAACUGGGAGGGACCUGUCGGCCGCUGUGAGACGCUGGCGGCCUUGACGGUCGAGCUGAGCAAAAUGCUGAAGUAUGUCGACCGAGACCAGGGCUGGCGUUUCGUCCUGGUAUUCGAUGCCAUUGACCGGCAGAGAGAGGCACCACAUACUCUCCUUCCGGCACUGGCGAGGCUAUCUGAAAUUAUCCCGAACCUAACAACCAUCUUCAUCCUCACAGCGCCUCUUCCCGCCCUCCUCCGCACGCCAGCGACACCACACUUACAUUUCCCGCCAUAUACCAAGUCGCAGUAUACCUCGAUCCUGUCAGCCUCGCCGCCUCCACCCCUGCCGAACACGACGCAGCAGGAGACCACAGACCUGUACGCCCGGUUCGUCGCCGCCGUCCAUGACUCCCUCACACGCGCAGCCUCGAGAACCCUGCCGUCUCUCAGACAAGCUACCAGCACCCUGUGGCCUCGUUUCACAGCCCCGAUAGCAGCAGGGACACACAAGGCACGCGAGUUCAGCAAGCUGCUGGUCGCAGCCCGAGUCUGGCUCCAGGACGAGUCAGUCCUUGCCCCCGGGAUCGUGCUGAGCAACCCUCAGCCAGCAGCGGCCAGCUCCUUGGCCAAUGGCACGCCCAAGAAGCCCGGCACCACCACGCCGUCCAAAGCCACCGCAGCGGCUAGCACUACCACCGACCUAGCGGUUCUCCUGCCGCCCACGGCGCGGCUCCUGCUCGUCGCCGCCUACCUGGCGUCGCACAACGCGCCGCGCCACGACAUGACCCUGUUCAGCACCUGGCACCACACGCGGCGGCGGCGCGGCGGCGGCGGCGUGGGCGUCGGGACCCGGGGCCCCAGGGCCAAGCACCGCAAGAUCGCGCGCAAGCUGCUCGGCCCCAGCGUCUUCGUCCUGGAGCGCAUGGUGGCCAUCUACGUGGCGCUGCGGCGGGAGCAGGUCAGCGGGGGUAACGGCGGGGCCGGGCCGGGCGUGGACGCCGACGUCGGCAUGGCCAUCGCGACGCUCACGAGCCUGCGGCUGCUCGUCCGUGUCGGGGCGGGCGCCGGCGCCGGGGACAUGGACCGUGGUGGCCGGUGGAGGGUCGGUGUCGGGUGGGAGGUGGUCAGGGGUGUUGGACGGAGCCUGGGGAUCGAGGUGGAAGAGUGGCUGAUUGAAUGA